AUGAACUGCCCCUCGGAUUGGCCAGAGCCAAUAGUCCGGGUCCAGUCCUUGUCCGAGACCGGUGUGUUUCCAGACCGAUACAUCAAGCCCCCAACCCAAAGACCAACCCCAAUCUUCUCCAAUUCUGAUCAAGCCACCCAUACCAACAUCCCAAUCAUUGACUUCCAAGGCUUGGACGACGAUUAUCUGCGAGCCACCACACUUGGCCAAAUUUCUGAGGCCUGCCGGGACUGGGGGUUCUUCCAAGUCGUGAACCAUGGCGUUAGCCCCGGUUUGAUGGACCGGACCCAGGAGGUUUGGCGCCAAUUCUUCCAUUUGCCGAUGGAGCUGAAGCAAGCCUACGCUAACUCACCCAAGACCUAUGAAGGGUACGGCAGCAGGCUUGGGGUUGAGAAAGGUGCCAUUCUUGACUGGAGUGACUAUUAUUUCCUUCACUAUCUUCCAUUGUGCUUGAAGGACUACGACAAGUGGCCGGCCCUCCCCGGCUAUGCCAGGGAAGUAAUAGAUGAGUAUGGGAAGGAAGUAGUGAAGCUUUGUGGGAGGAUAAUGAAGAUUUUAGCACUCAACCUUGGAUUAGAAGAAGACUUUCUCCAAAAGCGGUUUGGUGGUGAGGAUAUUGGGGCAUGCUUAAGGGUGAAUUUUUAUCCAAAGUGCCCUCAGCCUGACCUGACGCUGGGCCUAUCAUCCCACUCAGAUCCUGGAGGCAUGACCGUACUACUCCCAGAUCAACAUGUCGCAGGUUUACAGGUCCGAAAAGAUGACACUUGGAUCACUGUCAAGCCAGCUCCACACGCUUUUAUUGUCAAUAUUGGUGAUCAAAUUCAGGUUCUAAGUAACGCAACAUACAAGAGCAUAGAGCACAGAGUGAUCGUAAACCCAGCAAAGGAGAGACUCUCACUGGCCUUCUUCUACAAUCCGAAGAGCGACAUAGCCAUAGAGCCGGCAAAGGAGCUUGUCACCCCAGAAAGACCUGCGCUCUACCCUCCCAUGACAUUCAACGAGUACAGGCUUUACAUAAGAUUGAAUGGCCCUAGAGGCAAAUCCCAAGUCGACUCUUUAAAGUCUCCACGAAAAUAG